AUGACUGAUCCUUUAUCUGAUCGCAAGAUGGUUGUGGGCGCUGCAGCCACCGCUGCUGCAUUCCUCUUCCUUGUCAUUGUCUUGGCUUCCCCGAUCGCUGCACAUGAAGAGAAGCUUGAGAAGGGAGAAGGUGUGACGUACGAUGCAAGGUCUCUCAUCAUCCAUGGAAAAAGAGAGCUCCUUUUCUCUGGCUCUAUUCACUAUCCUCGUACCACUCCAGAUAUGUGGCCAAAGCUUCUUGAGGAUGCUAAAAGGGGAGGCCUCAAUGUGAUCCAGACUUAUGUUUUCUGGAACAUCCAUGAGCCAGAGGAAGGCAAGUUCAAUUUUGAAGGAAGAUUUGACCUGGUGAAGUACAUCAAGCUGAUUGGUGAACAUGGCUUGUAUGCAACCGUUAGAUUUGGACCAUUCAUCCAAGCUGAAUGGAAUCAUGGAGGACUUCCCUAUUGGUUGAGAGAGGUCCCAAACAUAAUCUUCCGUUCCUACAAUGAACCCUACAUGCAACACAUGGAGAGAUUUGUCAAGAUGAUUGUAGAUAAGCUUAAAGAUGCCAAGUUGUUCGCAGGUCAAGGAGGUCCCAUUAUCCUAGCUCAGAUUGAGAACGAGUACAACACUGUCCAAUUAGCUUACAGAGAAUUGGGAAAUAAGUAUGUUCAAUGGGCAGGAAAUAUGGCUGUAGGACUCAACAUCGGUGUCCCAUGGGUCAUGUGCAAGCAGAGGGAUGCUCCAGGCCCUGUUAUUAAUUCUUGCAACGGAAGGCAAUGUGGAGACACCUUCAGUGGCCCAAAUAAGCCCAACAAACCCUUAUUAUGGACUGAGAAUUGGACCGCUCAGUUUCGAGUUUUUGGUGAUCCACCAUCUCAAAGGUCAGCAGAAGAUACCGCAUUCUCGGUGGCUCGUUGGUUCUCAAAAAAUGGUAGUCUAGUCAAUUACUACAUGUACCAUGGUGGAACUAAUCUUGCUAGGACUGCUGCAUCUUUUGUAACAACUCGAUACUAUGACGAGGCUCCCAUUGAUGAAUUUGGUCUUGAGAGGGGACCAAAGUAUGGUCACUUAAAGGAUGUGCACAAGGCUCUGAAUCUAUGCAAGAGGGCUCUGCUUUGGGGAUCCACGAGUGCACAACGGUUGAACCCAGAUGUAGAGGUUCGAAUCUACGAGCAAUCCGGGACAGAUGUAUGUGCAGCUUUCCUCACCAACAACCACACCCGACUUGCUCAUACUGCUAACUUCAAGGGCCAAGAUUACUACCUUCCUCCACGUUCCAUUAGUAUCCUCCCUGAUUGCAAAACUGUGGUCUUGAACACUGCAACGAUUCUGGCACAACACAAUUCGAGGAACUUCGUAAGAUCACCAGUCACAAAUAAGCUGGACUGGAAGAUGAACUCAGAAGUCAUUCCAGUCGAUCUUAAAGUGACAUCAUCCACUCCGAUGGAGCUCUAUUUCUUAACCAAAGAUAAGACUGACUAUGCAUGGUACACCACAACGAUAAACUUAAGUCCACGAGACUUGUCAAUGAGGAAAGACAUUCUCCCAGUUAUUCGGGUUGCGAGUCUGGGUCAUGCCAUGGUUGCUUUUGUGAAUGGCCAAUUUGUAGGUUCUGCACAUGGAAGCCAGAUCGAUAAGAGUUUUGUGCUCCAGAAGUCUGUGGAAUUGAAGCCUGGAAUCAACUAUAUCUCCCUCUUAGGGACCUUGGUUGGACUUCCCGAUAGUGGAGCUUACAUGGAGCAUCGAUUUGCUGGACCUCGUGGUGUCUCAAUCUUAGGACUAAACACCGGAACACUCGAUAUAUCAGAAAACGGUUGGGGAAAUCAGGUGGGUCUGGUUGGCGAACACGAGGAGCUAUUCAACGAGGAAGGAUCAAAGAAGGCAAAAUGGACAGAUCUCCCCAAAGUAGGGAAAGGACCUCCUCUAACAUGGUACAAGGCCAAGUUCGAUACUCCUGAAGGAAAUGACCCUGUCGCAGUUAGUAUGUAUGGAAUGAUUAAAGGCAUGAUUUGGAUCAAUGGCAAUGCAAUUGGUCGCUACUGGAUGUCUUAUGCCUCCCCUCUUGGAGAUUCUACUCAAGCCGAGUAUCUCAUCCCGAGGUCGUAUCUGAAGCCAAAGGAGAACUUGAUCGUGGUGCUGGAGGAAGAACCAGCCCAUCCGUCCAACAUCACCAUCUUGACGGUGAAUCGUGACACCAUUUGCAGCUACGUAUCAGAGCUUAGUCCACCAAGUGUCAGACAAUGGGAGAGGAAAGAUGACAAGUUCAAGCCAGUUGGACCAGAAGCAAAGGUAGGAGCUCGUCUCAAGUGUCCCAACAGGAAGAAGAUCGAUGUUGUUGAUUUUGCCAGCUAUGGUGAUCCUUAUGGCGCUUGCGGCGGAUUCGCACAGGGUAGGUGCACCUCACCGGUCUCCAAACAAGUUAUUGAACAGAACUGUUUGGGGAAGGAUAUGUGCGAUGUUCCACUAGAUAAGGCGAUUUUCGAGAAGAAUGGCGACCCUUGCCCUGAAGUAAAGAAGACAUUGGCUGUUCAAGUCACCUGCAGGUAG